GACACGCUUUUUUUUUUCUUCUAGAUCUGUUAGACGGCGUCCCCCUUUGCAGUGGUGAAAAGCCGUCCCUCUCUCACACACACACACACUAGCAGGUGUUACCACAGGACGUAGAACACAGACGUACAAACUUAGAUCGCAUUGGAAUACACAUACACCUGCAUCGCUUUCCAUCCCUCAGCACAUCGAUUAAAAUAGGAAAAGAGGAAGGGGGGGGGGGGAAUGACGCAAACAGCGCACGCCAUCUCACUCUCCGGCUCCGUGGCCACCGUCACCGAGUACGUGGGCUUCGCCAUCAACAACAUCCUCUACCAGCGCGGCGUCUACCCGCCGGAGGACUUCCAACAGGUGAAGAAGUACGGCCUCGGCCUAAUGAUCUCCACUGAUGGGGAGCUCAACGCCUACCUUUCGGAGCUGUUGCAGCAAAUAUCGCUGUGGAUCACACACGGCUCGUGUCGCCGUCUCGUGUUGCUCAUCACCGACGUCGCCACGGAGCGCGCGCUGGAGCGGUGGGAGAUAAACAUCGAGGCGGAGCCAAACGCAACGACUGCAGCAGCCGCAGCCGGUGCGCGGCGGCGACGUCCGGUAAAGUCGGAGGAUGACGUGCGGCGGGAGAUUCAAGCCGUCAUGCGGCAGAUCACCGCGUGUGUGUCUUUCCUGCCGGUGAUUCCCGUGCCGUGUGCGUUUGACCUGCUCGUGUACACGUCGACGGAUGCCCAGGUGCCGUCCACCGCGUGGGAGCCGAGUGAUCCGCAGGUGAUGAAGGGAGGCACGGAGGUGAAGCUGCGCUCCUUUACAACGACAAUACACCACGUAGACACCAACAUCGUGUACCGCGAGUAA